CUACACCGCCAGCCUCUCAGUGUGUAUGUGUAUGUAUGUAUAUUUUGUUUGUGGGUGAGGACGGCGCAUCAAGUCUCUCCUGAAGAACCACGAGUGCCGUUGAACUUCUCGGUCCAGCGGUGGAAUGCGCCGGUGAUGCGUCUUGGACAAGGUUUCAGAGGAAAGUGACAGCAGCAGAACCGCUUGGAUUUUUUAUUAAAGAGAAAGUUUGGGAAUUUUUGUGUUUGUGUUGGAAUCUUCUCUCGUCAUGACCGAGCUUCUCAGCCCCGUUUCAUCAACGAACCCAGAGACACUCUGUAAGCCAGAGUCAGACCAGAUGAGUCCAGACGAGCCACAGUCUCCCUUGGACCUGAUAGACACAGGGAAAUGCCUGAAGGUCCAAACAGCCACACCACAUCUGGUCAGCCUGGGCAGUGGGAGACUGAGUGUGGCUAUCACCCUACUGCCCCUUAAAGAAGGAGUGACACGUAUCGGGCGUGAGGACGCGGUGGUACCCCAAGACAUCACCAUCCAGGGUGUAGGCAUUGAGGCGGAACACUGCAUCAUCAUCAACACGUCAGGGGUCAUCAUCCUCGACCCUUGUGGUAACCUCUGCUCCCUGGACGGCGUCCCUGUGACAUCUCCCGUCCCGCUCACACAAGGUUACUCUCUGUGUCUGGGUCAAUCCUACUUCUUCCGCUUCAACCAUCCAGAAGAGGCUAGCCGUAUGAAGAGCAUGCUGCCCCAGAAGAGCCCUGUCUCUCCUCUGGCCUACAGCACAGACUAUCUGAAGUUCAGUAGUGACUACAGCCAUGGGGUGGUGGGAGGGGCCGGCAGUGCAAGAGGGAUGCGUUCUGCCUCAGAGCUCCGUGAUUUGAUGGACACCUUACAACGAAAGAAGAUCGCCCUGGAGACCAGCCUGAGAGCCAAUGGGGACUCUAGCCCCUCCUACUUCAGUAUGACACAGUCUCCACCCACCACGCCUGUGACCUCACCCACCUCGAUGUCGUCAGCCUAUCAAGAGCAGGCUAGGCGUUUCUAUGGCUCUGAUCGCCCGCCCCUCUCCGUCAAAGCCGCCGCCCCUCCCUCCCCCUCUCGGCGCUCUGACCCCCCUUCCUCCCGAUCCUCCAUGACCCGGAACCAAUCCUACCAAUCACAGGACAGCCUGCUGGCCUCCCCUGGCGACGGGCGACGCCAACUAAACCCAAACUCCUCCCCCCUGUUGUCGAUGUGGAACGGUGGAGGUUCCUCUAACUCAGUGGCCGGUGGUGAGAGCCUCUCCUCUCCUCCUCUACGCUCAUCCCUCUCUCCAACCAGUGGAGCAGCCAGCGUGCCCUCCAGCCCCCGCCUGGGACGCCGAAGUCACGGCAACCAUGAGCCGACACCUAGCAACCGAACCAGGAAGUACUCUGCAGGAUCGAUAGGCGGCAUGAUGGGAAGUCACAGCCUCUCUCUGCCCCGCCUCUGCCCGUCAUCGUCGCCACGUUCCCAUGAUAAUGGAGCCUUGGUGCUCUCUACCCUCCCCCCGACCUCACGGCGCUCUGAACCUCUACGCAACUCUUCUCACAACAAUAGCCAAAACCACACCACAAACAGUAACUACAACCAUAACCAAACCACUAACUUUAACUACAGCCAGGCCCAAAACAUGAACCACAAGGGGAACCAAGGUGAGGGGGUGGUAUCCAUCUCGCUCUCCUCCCCAAAGUCUCCCACCCAGGCCACUCCAGACGUGACUGUCCCGUUCCGAUCAGGGGGCUCCUCCAGUCCCCGCGUGGCCAAGAAACUCAGCCUCACCUCCACCAGCUCCACAUCCAGCCUCCAGGAGCCAGAGUGGCCAGCCAGCUGCGGAGUCUCCCCUGGACCAGAGCUUUUUUUCGGGGAGAGGGAGCACAGGGGUGGCAACCUGGAGCCUGGUCUAGGGUUAGGGGAACGGAGACAGUCUUUUGGGAAGGGUGGGCUUGAACCAGGGUUCGGUCUGGGGGAGAGAAGACAGUCCUUUGGAAAGGGAGGGGUAGAACCUAGUUUGGGAUUAGGGGAACGGAGACAGUCUUUUGGGAAGGGAGGUAUAGAGCCAGGUUUAGGGUUAGGGGAACGAAGGCAGUCAUUUGGGAAGGGAGGAGUGGGGCUGGGGGCGGGGGUGACCCCACCGGGGGGGUUCAGGGCGAGAAGUGGCAGUAUCAGCUCCCUGAGUGGGAAGGAAGAACUGACUGACUACCACCAUCGCCAGAGAGAUGAGAGACUACGAGAACAGGAGGUGGAGAGACUGGAACGCCAGCGGCUGGAAACCAUUCUGUCUCUGUGUUCAGAGCUGGGUCGAUCGGAGCAGGACAGGGAGAGGGGUGUUGGUUCUAGUGUCGAUACCGGUGUUGGUCUAGCCGACCUUCAGAAGAUCAACCGGGAACUAGAGAAACUCCAGGUCUCUGAUGACGAUGAGUCAGAAUCCGUCUUCUCCGACUCAACCGUUAACGGAAAUGGGGCCGGUAGCGGCUCGGAGAACGGUUACUAUGGUAACGAUGAGGAGCGUCCAGUCCGACAGCGACGGAGCAGCGGCCACCGGGACAACAGGGCGGAAUCGCCGGCCAUCAGCCUACGAAGCUCCGCCACCUCGCCCACCGCGCGCCUGCCUAGGACCAAUCGGGCGCUGGUGGAGGAGGGCCAGCGGAGGCAGGAAGUGACCCGUGUGGAGGAGGAGAGGAUCCAGGUGCUGAACAACAUGGAGGAGCUGGAACAGAAGAUCAAAGAACUGGACAACCAGAUGGACGAGUCUCUUAGAGAGGUAGAGGUGGAGCGUGCCCUGGUGGAGGCAGAGCAGCAGGCGGAGCUAGCAGCCUUGCAGCAGGAGAGAGAUGCUCUGGAGACACUCAACACCAAGAUGUCUGACAUGGAACAACAGGCACAGAACCAGAAGACUCCGGCGUGUGUGUCGCUGCAGGCUGAGAGGGCUAGGGUAGAGCAGCUGUCUCAGAGUGUGUGUGAGCUGCGCUCCCAGCUCCACUGCUGUCCUGAGGCCAUGAAGGAGCCCCUACAGGAGCAGCUCGCCAGGAACUCUGAGGUGCUGGAAGCUGAGACGAAGCGUUUUGAGGACCUGGAGUUUCAGCAGCUGGAGAGAGAGAGUCGUCAUGAUGAGGAGAAGGAGGAAAACACACAACUCCUCAGAGAGAUAGCUGACUACCAACGGAGCACCGUCACACGCAAGGAGAGGCUGGUGGCCCUAAAUAAGCAGGCGGGACAGAUUACCCAGCAGGCUCAGCGAGAAAAGGACAGCUUCCUGAAGGAGAGGACCAACCUGCAGAUGAUGCUGCAGAGGGAGAAAGAUAACCUUGCUUCUGUGGAAAGGAAGUAUGCUGACCUCACAGGUGGGCGGGGCUUCCCUCUCAGCCCUAUCAGUCUUAAGGAGGAUACUGCGUUGUUGGCUGACGUGUGUCGAUCUCCUAGCGACCAGUCCCGUGACCACGCCUCUUCCUCUCUUUCUUCUCUUAUCCUUCCUGCUGACCUGCUGGUCCUAUCCUCCCUCCUUUCUUCUCUUUCCAUAAAGAGCGCUGAGGGCUAUGUAACAGUCAGUGAGAUCAAUGAAAUUUACUCCCAGCUGGGGGGGAACCCUAGUCCCACCACUGCCCCUGUUCUGGCCAAUCCCUCCCCUGAUUCUGAGCCUAGCCCCCCCACUGACGACAGCGCCCAAAAACCAGCGGAGGACGAGCUCUGUCACUCCUCCUCUCCUGUCGAUUGUCCUUCCUCCUUUUCCUCCCAUCCCCUGUUGCCCCGCCGCCCACCUCUCACCAAAACCCCCUCGGUUCAUUGGCCGGAGGACAUGGUGACCUAUCGUGACCCCUCUCCCCUCCCUGACUCUCCUCCUCCUCCUCUGCCUGUCAAAAAACACCGCCACAACAGGCAGCACUUCCGUUCACUGGAGGAGAGAAAGAGGUUAGUGAAAGAAGGUGGGGCCCACCUGAGUGACACAUUACCCAGGAAGAAGACCCCGUCCAUUGUCACCCCUCAGUUCAACUGUGCUACACUAGGACGCAGCAUGCCUAACAAGUCCCAUCAGCCCCUGGUCCAGAGUUCUAGCUGUGGCAGUAUUCUACCCCGGGCCUUGUCUGUCUCCAAUAGAGACACAGAUAAACGGCGCCUGCACAAGGGUCAGCCGAGCCCUCGGGCCGCCUCCCAGUCCAACGUGUACCUGGACACCUACGGUUACUGUGAUAACGGCCAGGCAUACGACACCAUGAGCGUGGACAGCUCUGACUCAAUGGAGACCAGCAUCUCUGCCUGCUCCCCCGACAACGUCUCCUGUGCCAGUAUGUCUAACGUGACCAAACUGGAGGAAAUGGAGCGUCUGCUGAGACAGGCUCAGGCAGAGAAGAAUCGCCUCAUAGAACACAAGGAGCAAGAGAUGGAGUCACGCAAACAGGCUCUGGAGGAGGAGAGGAGGAGGAGGGAGGAUCUGGAGAAACGACUGCAGGAGGAGACCAACAGACGACAGAAACUCAUCGACAGGGAGGUGAAACUACGGGAGAAACAGAGAGCACAGUCCCGUCCUCUGACGCGCUACCUACCAGUUCGUAAGGAUGACUUUGACCUAAAAGCCCAUAUAGAGUCAGCGGGCCACAGUGCUGACACCUGUUUCCACCUGUCCCUCACGGAGAAGACGUGCCGAGGAUUCCUGGUCAAGAUGGGGGGAAAGAUCAAGACCUGGAAGAAACGCUGGUUCGUCUUUGACCGCAACCGACGAACGCUCUCCUACUUCUCAGACAAGCAUGAGGCCAAGCUGAAAGGGGUCAUCUACUUCCAAGCAAUAGAGGAAGUUUACUACGACCACUUAAAGAACGCACACAAGAGUCCUAACCCGUGUCUGACGUUCAGUGUGAAGACUCAUGACAGGGUCUAUUACAUGGUGGCCCCCUCUCCUGAGGCCAUGAGGAUCUGGAUGGAUGUCAUUGUCACUGGGGCCGAGGGAUACACUCAGUUCAUGGUGUAGAAGGCGCGAUAUGGGCAUGGCGGAGGGAUACACUCAGUUCAUGGUGUAGAAGGCGUGAUAUAGCCAUGGCAGAGGGAUACACCCACUUUAUGGUGUAGGAGACUUGAUCUGUACGCGUUGGAGGGAUACACUCAGUUUAUGGUAUAAAGAGGGGUGCUUCGGAGUGGAAGGAUACAGCCAGCGUGUGGUUAUGACGACAGGAUUAGCUCCUCUCUCUUCUCUGUGACAGAGAUGGACUGUUGUUUUUAUUUCUGUAUUUUAUUAUUAUAAAAAUGUUCAAGUACGUGUUCUCCAACAGUGUGCCUUAACUCUCACAGUAGCUCCGCUGGGAUUGGCCAGUGUUUUUAUGUAUCAUUAGUAAACAAGCAAACAGAACGGUCAUUUCAAUUCCUGGUUGUGUAGGGUCAAAUGAUCAGGGGACAAGUUACUGAUAUUUACUCAUCCCCAAAGACCUCAGGUCUCCUGUUUGUGUGUUUGUUACAUUGUGAUCACAUAACCCAGAGGUGCUAAUCUUAUUGUAUGGUGUCUUAACUCAUGAGGCCAAUGUCCUCCAUUGCGUCUUCCAGUGUAGCCAAAGGUCAAGUAAUCUGUGGUAAAAUACAAUACCCAAGGCUGCUACUUGGGGAAUAGGUUGUCAUUGAGAUGCAGCCUUAUACAUGUCAGUGGUAGAAUAAAUACAGGAUCAUACAGGUUAACCCUCACAGAUUAUAAUCAUGCUGGUCGAGCUUUCGCUGCGUAUGUUAUCGUUGACUAACCAGAUAGCUAUAUGUUAGCUGUGAGUUGUAUUUAUCAAAUGCCUUGUUUUAUGGUGAGCAGCCUUGGCAUAUAGGCUUACUGUAUGUUAGUGCUGAGUCAUGAUGCUUUUCCUUCCCACCAUCAUAUACAUCUAGUUAUUCCCUCUCUUCAGUAGAGGGUGACAGCUGAACACUCUGAGGGACAGAGAAUGACCCCUAAACCAUCCCAACUCGAACCUAGCACAUUAUGCAGUGAGUGUAGAACUGAAAGGACAGGUGUAAGCAAAUCCAAUCCGUUUUUGUCACUUGCUUCAUAAACAACAGGUGAAGACUAACAGUGAAAUGCUUACUUACAUGACUAAAUUCCACCCUGCCUAUUGUUUCUACUGUAUCCUUUCAGAUAUGAAGUAUCCGGGGUCGGGCUAGCCAGGGGUUUGAUUCAUUAUCGGGCAUUAAUGUGCUUUUAAACCAUUAUAUAUAUAUAUAUWUUUUUAAAUGGCAGUUUUUUUGAUCAUGUAGCUAUAUCAUACUGUUUUUAUGCUAUUGAUUAUCAAUGCAUGUAUCUUUAUUUCUGCAUACAGAAAAAGCAAGAACAUAUAUUAAAGUAAGAACAUAUUGUCACUUGAAAA